AUGCAAAAUGAAGAUCAUUUUUGUGAUGUCAUCAGUUCGAUACAAUAUUUGAACAUGUCGAAAUCUGACUCAGAAACGCAAGCGAACUAUGGAGACAGUGGCUUCAAUUCGGGUGCUGAAGUCAAUUCCGACAGCAUUUUCUUCUAUGAAGACAGUUGUCCAUCACUGAUGAGUUGCAUGAAUGAAGAAAUCAACAACAAAGACGAUUGUGAAGCUUCGCCUUCGUGUCCUAAUAACGAUCAGUCAAUGCUGCAACAAAAUUCUGAAAAUUAUCCACCUUCUGCACCACAAGUCAGCCGAAGUAAAAGUCAAAAGCAUUUAAAACAAAUCAAAGUGAGUGUUGGAAUUGAUGAAGAUCUUAAAAUGAUUCUGGAAAUGGAUCCAAGCUUAAUGGACGAAAGCAUCGAGAAAGCUGUCGAAGCAACUUCAAACGUCGUUAAUUGUCCCAAUGUUGCCGAACUCCCACCGAAAAUGUAA